AUGGCAACGAAAAAGAGAAAACAGAUUGAACCAACUGUUGAGGAUUUAUCAAAUGUUGAAUUUGAAACAUCAGAAGAAGUUGAUGUUGUGACGGCAUUUGAUCGUAUGGGUCUUAGCGCUGCUUUGCUCCGUGGAAUCUAUUCGUAUGGAUUUGAAAAGCCAUCCGCGAUUCAACAACGUGCCAUUAAACAAAUUAUAAAGGGACGAGAUGUGAUCGCACAAGCGCAAUCUGGCACAGGAAAGACAGCAACAUUUAGUAUUGCUGUCUUACAAAGUCUUGAUAUUGCAUUACGUGAAACGCAAGCUCUUAUUCUUUCUCCCACCAGAGAAUUAGCUGUUCAAAUUCAGAAGGUAGUGUUGGCUCUGGGCGAUUAUUUAAAUGUUCAAUGCCAUGCAUGUAUUGGUGGGACAAAUGUAGGUGAAGAUAUGCGUAAGCUCGAUUAUGGACAACAUGUUGUUUCGGGGACCCCUGGUCGUGUUUUCGAUAUGAUUCGUCGCAGACAUUUGCGCACCAGAAGUAUAAAGUUAUUGAUACUGGAUGAGGCUGAUGAAAUGUUGAACAAAGGUUUCAAAGAACAAAUCUACGAUAUUUAUCGUUAUCUUCCGCCGGGAGCACAGGUUGUGCUCUUAUCUGCUACAUUACCUCACGAAAUCCUUGAAAUGACCAGUAAAUUUAUGACUGAUCCUAUCAGAAUUCUUGUCAAACGUGAUGAAUUGACUUUGGAAGGAAUCAAGCAAUUUUUUGUGGCUGUUGAUAGGGAGGAAUGGAAAUUUGAUACACUUUGCGAUCUUUAUGAUACGCUAACUAUAACCCAAGCAGUUAUCUUCUGCAAUACGCGAAGAAAGGUUGAUUGGCUUGCUGAAAAAUUGAAAGAAGCAAAUUUUACAGUAUCAGCCAUGCAUGGAGAGAUGGAACAGAAGGAUAGAGAUGCAAUAAUAAAGGAAUUUCGUUCAGGAUCGAGUCGUCUUUUAAUUUCAACUGAUGUUUUCGCUAGAGGUCUGGAUAUUCCUCAGGUGUCGCUGGUUGUUAAUUAUGAUUUACCCAAUAAUCGUGAAUUGUAUAUACAUCGAAUCGGUCGUUCCGGUCGCUUUGGUCGGAAAGGUGUCGCAAUUAACUUCGUAAAAUCGGAUGAUAUUCGGAUUCUUCGAGAUAUUGAACAGUAUUAUGCCACUCAAAUUGAUGAAAUGCCAAUGAAUGUGGCCGAUCUCAUUUAA